AAACCUAUGCUUCAUAGUUCAUACUCUUCCUAACUUGUUUCCAAAAGGUUUCUAUCUUUUUUUAUCAAGAUUUGAUAAUAGCACAAGAUGGGUGAGAUUGAGAAAAGUAAGAUGUGUCAAGAUAUGGGAUUCAAAAAGAAUGAUGCUCAAUGGGUUUUAAUGGAAGCUAAAGAUGAUGUUUGCAAGUACGGCCUUAUGGAAUCGGAUUCAGAGGAUUUAUCUUUCGAGUCAUCUUCUUCAUCGGAAAUGAUAGAUGAUGCAUCUUCAUCAUCUUCGUCGUCUUCAUCUUCAUGUGGUCCUUUGUUCGAACUAUCUGAACUCAUGGCACAACUACCUAUUAAGAGGGGCAUAUCAAAGUUUUAUCAAGGGAAGUCCGAAUCAUUUGCAUCACUAACAAGUGUGCAAAGCAUUGAAGAUCUUGCAAAGAAAGGGAAGUAUUGUUGUAGAUCAAGAAGGUCAAUGAAAAGCUAUGGAGGUGGUUUAGAUGGUCAAAGUCAAAGAUUAAGUCCAAAAGCCACCAUAGCCAAGAACAAGAAGGGUUCUUCAACUGCUAGGACUUCAAUAUUUUCUUCACUAGGAAAAAUGAGUUCUUUAUUGGCUAAUUAAUUUUAAUACUUUUAGCCUUUGGUACAAAUUAUGGCUACCCAUCGGAGGUUUUUUUCAAUCUUCCUUUUUGAGGAUUGUUAUUUAAUCAUUUGGGUAUAUUAGGGU